AUUCACUAUAUCUGGUCUUCCACAGUACACAGAACAUGGAAAUGCAAUUAUUUUAGUAAAUUUAAACUGCUAAAUACCUUUUUCCUUCUAUCAGUGUUCAGCAGAGCACUGGUUAAAGCUUAUAGGAGGAGUCUUCUUUCUGCUCUAGGAGGAUGCAUGACCCCUGACCUCUAUUUGGACAGUGCUGAUUGCCCCUUUGCUGAUCACAUGCACUCCCCCCCAAAAAAAAAAUCCUCUCUAGCAAUACACACUAAACUGAGCAUCUGCAGAAUGUCUCCACACAAUAUGUCUUAUCAGGAGAUAAGAGGGGAGCACUGAAGAAGGGGAGGAUCAGAGAAGUCAGGAUCAAACAGCAGUUUUAUACAAUGCAGAGGAUUAUCCCCUUAGGCUCCACAGUGAGUUCAACCAGCAUGCUUUACUGCAUAUACAGACUGAUUUUACUACUGUGGGUUUAG